ACUGGAUGAGUGAUUCGAGAAUCAGUCUGAAUCGUCUUCCAAGACAUGUUGCAUGGAGGAGACAUCAAGUGACAAUCACUUAUCUAGAGGUGUUGGUCAGUGAAGUGUCAGACCACAUCUAGUCACUCUCUUUGGUGUUGUUUUAGAUGUACAGUUUUCUGUAUGUUUUGUGUUGCCGAAUUUCGUUUAGGCUGAGUGAUUUCUGCUCGAAUGUGAUUCUGUUUUCGUUUGGUGUUUUUACUGUUCAUUUUGGUUUCGUUUUCGCCAGCGAUUUUUCGUUACCUUUUCCUAUAGACGAUUUGUUUUCGGUUUCCUUCGUUUGAUGUGAUAGAUUGCAUGCAUAGUCAUUUUUGCCUUGAGUUUCGUAUUCUUGUUGAAAACGCAUGCCAACUGGGUACGUCAGCUAAUUUUUUGUCGUUUAAAUAAUAAUGUAGAUGGAAUUCUGAUUUUUCUAACCAUUUGUUGAUGAAAUUGUCUUUGUUUGUUAUCUAAGCUGUUCACAAGAACCGUGGCUCAGUUAACCUUAUAUGUCUGUCGUCGUAACCAAUUACGUUUUUAUUGUCGAUUCCUCAUUGUAUUAAAUCAAAAGUGGUAUUUGACGAAAACCUGCAGGAAAUAUCAUUGAUGACUGUCCAAUAUAAUCAGUUUGUCCUUACUGGGGGUCCUGGAAUAUUCUUCCGUCUUCUCUUAAAAUGGAGAGGAGGUGUAUUGAAGCUGAUUUCACUUGACCUCAUCAUAUUUGCUUCUAUUUAUACAUUAAUAAGCUGUUUGUAUCGGUUUGCAAUUUCUGAGAACGCACAAAGAAAUUUUGAACGUCUGAUUCUAUUUACUUCCAGAUUCCAAGCUAUGAUUCCGGUUGCAUUUAUCCUUGGUUUUUAUGUUGCCUUAGUUUUCGCACGCUUUUGGAACUAUUUCACGACGAUUCCGUGGGUGAUGAGUUUCGCACUUACUCUUGUUACCCACCUUCCUGGUAGCGCAGAACGCAAUCGUCUGAUACGUCGGACAUGCAUGAGAUAUAUAAUGGCAAAUCUUAUAAUUGCAGCUGCCCAUCUUAAUGUCGUCGUCAAGAAACGUUUUCCAACUUUUGAGCUUUUCGUUGCUUCAGGUAACUUAUUUUGUUUGCUGUAUGUUGUGAUAAAGGCUGUAGUCAACUAAUGUUGACCAACAUAUUAGCUUUCAAUGUUGCUAGUUUUUAUUUUUAUCUAAGACUGAAUGAUUCUGAGGUAGUUUUGGUUUCGUGACAGUGUACAGAAGUUGGAUGUCCAGGCACUGGUUUGAUUGCACUUUUCGGUCAGUAUACUAAACUUUACUUGAAGGAUAAAAACCACUAAGUUUGCAUUUAAGAAGAUGACAAAAUAUGACUGAAGUAAUUAAGGGACAUAUUUUCGUCUUGUAUUCACAUACUACAGAUGACAGACAAAUCCUGAAAUCAGACAACCGUAUAUUAAUUUUGGAGGGCUUAGUAUUAGGCGGCUAAUGGAACAUAUUACAGCGAAGUACCAAUUAAUGAUUCUUAACUGCAAAAGAAUAUAGCUUUUAAGCUACAUGAUAACUUCCAAACCAUACUUCUGCUACUAUUGCAUACUAAUACAACCAAGUCAUCAGAACGUCUAACCGUACGGAUUUAUCUUUAACCACUUUCAAGUCACUGAGUGUAAUGAUUUGUUAUCAUCCGGCUACUGAUUUCUGAAUUAGAAUUCCUGAAGUUGGUCAAUGCUUAUUUCCUCGGUAAAAAUGUACUUUUAUUUAUGUUGUGCCCAGUGAACGAGUUCGAAGUAUAUAAGUUUUGAAAACUUUACCUGGGUCUUAGCGAGCUUGUAAAUGCUCUACGUUAUUAUAUUAUAGUGAAACGCUGCUGAUGGUUUUUUAUUUUUGAACAACUUCAAUUUACUGAUAUGAUAGCAUUUACCAAGGUUUAAAAAAUGUUCACUGUUGAACCUUUAAGCUAGGGAUGGCGUAGAUUUGUAAAUAAACGACAGUAUCCAAUAUCGUUAGGCUGUGCGUUAAAUGUUUAUGUGGGAAAUGGGUUCAUUUAUUAUAUUGAGAACCCUAUCGCCACAAAAUAUCUUUCUCUCUAAUCACUCAGCAAAUUUCCUUCAUGGACUAUUAAUGAGUACCACACCUAACCGUCUGAGUUAUGAAUCUGUAGCAAAUAAAGCAUAAUACUAGUAUACAAUGGAAUUCAGUAAUCGGCGUUAAUACGUUGACACAAUCCGUAAGGUGCUGGCCAAGGAUUUCAAGUAAUUUCAUCAUAUGAAACCCUGUGCAAACAAGCAGGAUAAUUUUUCGGUAUUCGACUUACAUCAGCAUAAAUCACAUGGCAUCAUAUCUAACGAGCAUGUUAUUCCAAUUGUUUCACUCUCAGAUGACCAUAGUGAAGACCAUCUAGCACUAUAAAUUUAAGCAAUGAAGAUAAUUAUUCUGUCAUCAAAGGACAAAAUGAACUCCAGUAUGUAGUGAUGUAUCUUCUCUCAUUUUCUAAAACGUAUUCCGACUCAUAUCAGAUUGAAACUCCUUGAAAUUUAAUAUAACCUGGGGAGUUGAUAGAAUUAAGUUGAAAUGGGACUUGGAUAAGUUUGUCAGAAUAUUUGUAUCAUAAAAGCGUCCGUCUAACUUUAAAGGAUGUUCAUUGCGCAACUCAAUAUUUGCAGCAUAAAUUAGGAAAUCAUCUUGAUACGAUUGAACACCAUCAAGAUCGGUAAUAUUUUUAGUUACAACCUCCUGGAAUAUCUCACGGGAAACGCUUAAUCCGAACGGCAGGAAUUUGUUUCAGUAUAGCCUAAUUUGUGAAAUAACAAGUCAGUUCGCUAGAGGUUUUGUGGUGAACGAGAACACAAGUGGAGACAAUCGAAUGUAUUUGAACACAAAAUUACAGAACAUUUUAUUAAAAUCUGAGAACCAUAUAGUAAAUAAUUAAUCUGCAAAAUAUCAAUAAAUUGUCUCAGGCUUCACAGUUCUUUCGAUUCUACAUCAAUCAUUCUUUGUUCUCGUUCUCUUUCUUUGAUCUUAAUUUGUGCUGCCAGACAUUUCACUUUUGAUUGAUGAUACAUACUACUUAUAUCUGUCGGCAUCGGCAGCACACUACAAUUCCAUCCAGUGAAGUUUGUAAAUAUACAUAUUUUAGGUCUAUCUUAUGAAGACACUUUGACCUUCGUAAUUAUUAUAGUAUAUCUUCAAUCUCAUUACUUAAAUUGAUGAUUGACUCUGUUAUCAGUAUCGACGUUAAAUGAUUGGGAUUUGCCUGUACUGGUCAUGUGUAAGGUACUGACACAGUUGGUAGUAAGUGAUAAAAAGUCUAUUCCUAUGUUCAGAUCAGCUGAUUCCACUAAAUGAUUACCCACUAUUUUAGAAGCGACUUGGAGAUUUUAAAAUUUUCCCCAAUAUGUCCUACUCUUCCACAUUCAUGGCGACAUGCAUGAUGAAGCUUUCACGAAGUACGAAGAUACAAUUUAUCACAUGAAAUGUAGAUUUCGAUACCCAUAUGCGAAUUUGAAGUAAUUUUAGAAUUAUUAAUUUAGCUGAAUAAAUUAGAGCGGAUUCUGUCCGAGGAAAUCUGGAGUUUAUUAGUGUAGUGUGUUUAUUCACAUUCAAUAAUGGUACAUCAUACUGUGUCUCAACAGCAUCGUUAUUAUAAAUACUAACGUUUGAAUAUGUGAGUCAUGGAUCUUCAACUAUCCGAGGGUGUAAGCCGUCGCUUCAGCUUACAAUCAGUUAAACUGGGAGUCAACUGGUCUCUAAGAUGAAUAUUCAGAUGUCCACUACAUCUAAAGCUGUAGUAUAAAAUUUCUGGUAUUUUGAUUCGGAGCACGAAAUAAUUUGUUGAACUGCUCCUUUUCACGUGCUUUAUGCAAUGUCACGGGAAAAUAAUUUAUUAAUAAUCCUUUUAACUUGUCGAAAGAAAUUAGAGGUGGCCUUCCAAAUAAAAGAUCUCGAAAUUAUCUGUCAAAGAGAUCGAAACAAUGCUAGGCUAUGAUGUUAUAUAUAUAUAUAUAAACUAGUAUUCUAAUCGAUAGAGACUUAGAGUUUAUGGAUGGCUUACCAGAGAAUGACAAUACUCUAUGCAUCAGAUCUCGUUAUGCACAAGAUUAAUCAUGAAGUCCCUCAAACCAUGCUUAGAUUCAACGCUUUCUACCUCUGAAGAGACGUUAUGCAAAUAAAGAAAUGAAGUGGCCAUGAGAUUUCUAACGUCUCCAAUGUUUGCUAAUUUACUUAUGUUUCAUAUUGAGUCACUGAUUUUUGUCAGUACCAUCAGGUCAUACAUCUGGCUCAGAUAUGUAAUGACACAUUUAUCAUCACUAGAAAGACUAUCAUAUUUUAUUUUUGAUUGAACUAAAUGUUCUCCCUUGUUCCUAUAUACUAUUUAAACUUUUUUUAAUUAGUUAAUUACUUAUUUGUUUGCUCUGAAGAAGUGGCUUACAUACAGUUAAAAAACAGAAGUCUGAAUUUCUACUCAUUGGAAUAUCACAAAUAUAUCUUUGUUUAGGCAGAUUUUUGAGCUUAAACUCAAUAUACAUUAUUCAGUAAAAUUAACUUAAGAAAAGCACAUAAACAAACACUUAAUGGUGGUAGUUAUUUGCAUAUAUGAAAACUGUCAGAUUAUUCAAGAGAAUUUAUUACUUAGGAAUAGCAAUAAAAAUGGACUACAUGAUUAGUCGUAAUGAAUAAAGUAAGAAUUGGUAGUAAGAGGGUGAAUACAGAAGUAAAUCUAAGAAAAAUAAACAACCUGGUAAAGAGACAAAACACACAGAAAGUUGGUCAAAGGUUUAAAAACCAAACAUUUAAAAUUAUUAUCAUCUAUAUUACAAAGAUAAUUAUAUUUGACUAAGAAGGGUUGUAUGUACUUUAGUCAAACCAGGUCACUUAAUAGUUCAGAUUGCUAUCGAUUAAUUGCCCAUGAGGUUCGCCAAAGUAAGAAAAACGGUUAAAGAUACUUUUAUGCACACUUAGUUGUGGCUUCUUAAUCAGAAUGGCUAUCGCCUUUGUUUUUAAAGGACAACCUUUCUUAGUCAAAUAUAAUUGUAAGAAAGAUUGGUUCAGCUAAGAGUUCUCAUUUCAGUGAAUUUAUUUUCAUAGCUGUAUAAUCGCAAGUAAAUACUGAUUUUUCAAGUUUAUAAUAAUUACAAUAGUAGCGAUAUUAAAAUUCUGUUAAACAUGGUAGCUGAGAAAGAAUAAAGAAUGGACUGAAACGCUAUUGUUAUCAGGGAAACUGAAAAUACACUUGGCAUUGUUUGCUUGUAUCUUCCCAUUGUUGUUUAGAAUUGCAAUCGAUCAGUCUCUUGUUGGCAUAUGUGCAUCCUGUGCGGGCUGCCUCGAUAUUACAGGUACAUACAGCUGGUGAGUUCCGAACAGGACGAAACGCGCGUCCUGGAUUCCACUGCUAGCCACCAUCCAUCUUUGCUUAUGAAACUGAAAAUAGUUUUAUUGUUGAGGGCUUGAAUAUUCAUCAAGAACAUAGAUAGGGAAAUUAUAAUUGAGAAAGGAAGGCUCAGCAUGAUAAGAUGAAAUGUUGAAAUUGAGAUGAAAUAUAAUACAAUAUAACGGUAUAAUAUAAUAAUAUAAUUCUCUUCUUACUAUUACUGUUGUUAUUAUUGGUUUACUAUCACUAUUAAUCUAUUGAACACAUGAUCAAUCUACUUAGCACCAUUUCAUCUAAAGUAUAAACCUAUUUAAAUUAACAUUGCAUAUUAUUCAUAUCAACAUGAACAAUUUUAUUUUAUUUCACAACCCUAAAUUCGUAUGUUAUAAUUUUAAACGAUGUACUAUGCUGGCCACUUUUUGGAUUAUCGAUUUGGAUGUAUAUCUGUAGAACUUAAAGAAAAUUUAUUCAAAAGAAUACUCUUCAUUUUAAAGGUAGAGGUGUUACAAAUUUAUUUUGAAUGCAGAAAUGAAGGUUUUUAGCUCGAAUUCUUGUAGCUCCUGCUAACAAAACGUCUAGGGAAUACAACUUUUUGUCAAGCUACUCUUCACAAGUAAACGUGCCUGAUGAAUGGAAAUUGGUAAAUGGACCUAGGAGUUGUUUAUUCUUGGAAUACAUUUUCCUGAUGUCAGUACGUGAUAAAAACGAACAUCAAAUAGUCAUAUAACCCUUCAUAUUCAUCCGUUAGCUUACUUGUGUGUAAAGCGUAACUAAUUUAAAAGAAAUCUAAAAGGUAGUUUACCGAAAUUCAGCCCAAGGUAUGCUUAUUAGUUUUUAAAAGUUUCCUAUUGUAUAAAAUUAGCGUUGGUCGGAUUUUGGAUGUUGGUCAUAAAAGUGCUUGUCUCCUUUCCAUUUCCAUUUAUUCGUCAGUACACAUAUCUUUUCAGUAUUUCAUAAUACUCUUCAACUAUGUGGUUUACGACGAGAUGUGUGUUAUUAGUUUCAUGGUCAUAAAUUUGCGUUUAAUGUUUUGUACGCAUGCAGAGUUCAUACAAUGACUAAAAUUAAUGUUGACAUCUAGCAUAAAAUGGUCGUGUUUCAAGAUAUUCAGUUAUAUACUUCUUAAACUGAACGGAUAAGGCAGUACAUAUGCGUUUUUAAUUCGACAAGUAACAUUUGGGCUAGAAUUACUUAUCUUCACUUUAGUAAGUAGAUUUUUUAACUUAUCUUUUAUUGACAUUUUGGCAGGAAACUUAAUAAAAUCUACCGUUAUCAGAUUUUAUAAAUUAAAUCAGAUUUUCGUUGGAAUUCAUCGUGUUCUAAAAUGACUGACUGAAAUAAGCUCAUCAAAUUAUUGCUAAAUGAAGGUAUAUUCAAUCAACUAGUGGUGAUUUAGCAAUGAAACAUUUUGCUUGUAGUCAUAUUCAAAGUUUACCUUUGAUACUAUUUUAAUAUUAUGAAUUAUUAAAUCAAAUAGAAUAUAUUUAAUGUUGUAAAAUAGUAUAUCUAGAUUACAACUCAUUUAAAUGGCAGCGUUCUGAAACUUAAUAGUGGGUUGUGCGUGGUAUCACUCUGUUUAACACGGGAUUAUUAUGUACCAUUCUUAAGUUUCUAAUGAAUAGAAAUGAAACAAAUAUAAAUAUUUUGUGUCGAAAAAGUCCUGAUUAAUUUUAGGUUUGGGAUGUAGAUGUGGAUUAUCAAAGGACAAUGAUCGUGGGAAUUUUCAGAAAUCUGUUUAAACAUAAAUACUGUUGUUUCAAGGUUGUAAGCAUAUGAAAAUAAGCCGCAGAAUAAAUGAAUUCAUAGUAUUCUGCUGCAAUGGCUGUCUUUGAAUUUAAGAUGUAUGACGAAUAGUAACCUCAUGGAAUUACACAAACUGCUUGGAAAUGCUUUAAGUUUAGGAAAAUACCAUCAGAUAUAGGCUUCCGAGAGUUUUGUAUACUCUCCACUUGACUUUUUGAUUGAUUUUUCUCGGAAAUUGAAACUAGUUUUUACCUAAAGAAGCAUCAUUAAAUUAUGUAUUCACCAUAUCAGUUUGCAACUAUAUAAGAUAUUUCACCUUUUCAUUUUGACAGGCGUACUUACCGAGGAUGAAGCAAGAAUUAUUAGAAGUGUACAAUCUGUUCAUAUGCAACCAUUUGUUCCUGUUGUAUGGGCGACUUCUCUUAUCACUUUAGCUAGAAAAGAAGGACUAAUCAAAAAUCCGCAUGCAUACGUUCUUUUGGUAGACGAACUUAACACUUUCCGUCAAAAAAUAUUAUAUAUAAUGAUGAUGGAUGAUGUUUGUAUUCCGUUGGUUUAUACACAGGUUGUCACACUAUCUGUGUACUCUUAUUUUGUCGCGUCUCUUAUAAGUAGUCAAUUCAUCAUCAACAGUUCACCUUUUGCAGGCAUAGCACGUUCGCAUGAUCUUUUCUUCCCGUUUUUCACAUUUCUGGAACUUUUUGUUUAUGUGGGAUGGCUAAAAGUUGCUGAAACACUUGUGAAUCCAAUGGGAGAAGAUGAUGAGGAUAUUGAUAUUAAUGAGAUAAUCGACUUUAAUUGGAGAAUUUCGUGGUGUGUGGUAGAUGGAGUAAGAACAAGUGCACCCGCCAUUGUACGAGACGCCCAUUGGAGACAAUCCGUUGUAGAACUUCCCCAUACGGAACGGUCGAAACGUUUAAAUGUUGGAUCAAGGAAAGGGUCAAUUUAUGAUCUGAAUGUUCCUGUUGGUCCAGAACUACGCGAUCUUAUGGCAGCUUUAUCCACAGCACGACAGAUGCAGAUGUCAAGUACAAACUCACCAGCUCCUUCAAAGCCUACUUAUCCUAAUGAAAGUGAUAGUCCACAUGGUGUAUCAGAUGACCAUAGACAUUCGUUUCCUCACACCACAACUACUAAUGUUGUUCGUGAACCCAUAAAAGAAGAGGAUGAAGAACUAGAAGAUGAACAGUCUGGAAAAGAUUUGAAGGAAAAUAAAGUAAACGAUGAAACUAACGGUAAGAAAAGCUCCAAUCUGUUUAACUAGUCGUAACUGAGUUCUACUUCAUAAUUUUCGCAGUUUAUGUUCGUUUCCUCAUAAAUUGAAAGGACUGUAUAGUAACACUUGGCUAUUUUCUUUUCCUGACCAGGACUUUGACUUGUAUAAUUUAGUUUAUCUCUUCACAUUUAAAAUUAAUGUAUUAAGUGAUAAAUUAAGUUUAUCCCACUUGAAAUGUUUGUUUUCAUAUGAUGGGUAAAGUCAGUCGUAAAAAGGUGCGCUUCUUCAUUCAUGGUUCAUAGAAUCAAUGGUGUGUAAUAUAUAGAUUCACAGUUGAACAACCUAUCAAUCGCUGAUAAAUCUUGAGGCAAUACUGAAUCGAAAAGAACUUUUGGUCUUUAAUAACAAAUAAUUUGAGGUUUUAAUUUCUUUUGAGAGGAAAAGGUGUAAUUGGUUCGUAGUAAAUUCUGUACCACGUACUGAAAUGCGUAAUAUACUGUCGAUGAGUCGUUUAGUUUAUCAGUGAUGGGCUUUACAAGAUUUUUUGCGAAAUGAUGUCCCUGUUUCCAAUAGAUGUGUAUAAGUGAAAUCUGUUCUUAUAUUUAUCUCUUGCAUUAUAUUAGCUUACUUUCAUGCUUGUUAAGCACAAAAUACAUACUAUUCUCCUUUAAGAUUAAAGUUUACAUACUGAUAAAAAUCUCCCGUCUUUGGUUUCGUUCCAGCUGCCUGAUCUAUAUAUAUUCUCAGUUAAACAACACCAUUUUCCUAGUUUUUCUUCAAGCAACUAUAAAUUUAUGAGUACAUGGUUAAGUGUAUACAUCGGAGACUAUAUUUAAUAUUCAGAUUCAUAUGGAGAUAUCGAGAAAUAAAAAUAAGAUUCGUUCGCUUAUUCACCUAACAAUACCGAAACUUUCAAUAGGUACUGUCGUAAAAUCUAUUUUUAAAACAAAACGUAAAACGUUUUCAUCAUGGACUAGCAUCAGCUAGACAGCGCUUUUGUAUCGAUCAUCUAUUACAUAGUGACAAACUUUGAGACGGAAUUUCGACGUUCUAAUGAGAAGCCAAAUUUUUGUAGAUAUGAAGAACUUUUCCCCGAAGUUUUCGAAGGAAUGUCGCACUUUAAUGUAAACUGACUAAAGAUGUAAACGGUGACCACCGGAUUCCGACUCAAUCGUUUAAAUUAUUAUGCUUUGCGCUAGAACUGGAGACGGGGAUUCGGGACUGCUCAGUAGUUCGAAACUAGGACAACGUUAUCCAUUGUUCCAUGAUUCCCUAACUGAUGUCACUAUUUGGUAAAAACUAUCUUUGGUUUGAUUGACUUUCAUCGGCUACCUUUUAUUGCCCCCAAAUGCCCUGGUAUAGCCGAGAAUGGGGUGGACCGGCCCUCCCUCUUGAAAUGCUCUCACACGGCCACGCAUAUACAGCCUCUGCCAGAGAAGUCCUACCCACUGCCUUCUCGUGGCUGGGGUGUUGUUUACGAAGAUGAGAAGACGGAAAGCGAAUGUCCGACACUUGAACUGGAUUCCAAACCAAUGGUGCAUAUGGGCUCCAGUAUCCUGAGGGAAAAAAUGGCGUAUGAACCGAAUGUUGGUCACCGGCUACCAUGAGACUGCAUCUCCUUACGAUGCUCCACUGCCUUGUGGGUUAGACCUUUAGGUCAGAGGCUCGAGGUGUGGCCCCGUAGGAAAACCACCUGGUUCGGUCUGGGCACCCGAACUCAACUAACUGUUUCUUAUUGUUGGUAAAUUCCUGAAACUUAUAUAGGCAUGAAGUUUUCAAAAUUUUCAUAGUUAGACAUGCCAGCUUUGUGAUUUUCGUUGGUAAAUUUGGAGGGAAAUCGGUUUAGAAAAUAUUUAGAACAGUGAUGAUAGUAUUUCUUUAUUAUAGUAAAGUGUAAACUGGUAGGCAAUCAUGCAUUAUACAAUUGAAGUUUUGUCAGUGUGUGCAAACCAUUUGAUCUCUAGCAUUUCAGAGGAAACGAUAUUAUGAUUAUCAACACCAACAACAGAUUUACUGUUGUUUAUUGUUGUAACGUAUUCUCUUUUCUAAAUCAAAAUUUGGCCGUAUUAAAGUUUUUUCAGAGAAUAAUCAUCGCGGAUUAAGGAAGAAAUAUCUAUACUUUUUAAGUUAGUGAUGAUUUUUCUUAUUUCUGUCAGUGCGUGAAACAAUUUUCGGUAGUUUGUGUUAUUACACUGAUCAAAUGGUGCAUCAGACUUAAUGGUUUUGAAACAGCUAAAUAUUUCAGCCUAGUCACUCAACAAACGGAUACAAAAUUGAGUGCUAUAUGCAAAAUAUGGUUAGAAUUUCUAUCAUUAUUUGAAAAAUAUAUUCUGAAAAGUUUGCAUAUCAAUUAUUUCGUAGUAUACUCAUAAAAACAAUAAAAAUAAUCCACAUCAUAAUCAUGCAACACUGUUUCUAAUGUAUCAUUGAAUGCUUUUCAUGUUAUUCUAUUUAUUUUACUGCUCGUAUUUUUCUCGUUAGAUUUAUCAGGUAGUCAUACGCAUGAUCACUGUUCAAGGCUCUAAUUAUUAUCUGUUCAUGGAGUAUUAAUAUUUUGUUUAUUUGUCGGUUUAGUGGAUUGCAAGGUGGUGAUGAAUACACUUCAAAACGUUUGCGAAAAAAGAUGCCUAAUAUAUUUAUUUGUUAUUAUUAUUUAUUUUACUUCAACUGCUUUGAUGAUAUCUGCCUAUAUUCAGCCUAAAUUUAUUUUUCAUUAACUUUUUGCCCUUGAGAGUUUUGUUUAACUCCUUCUUUAGUUAAAAUCAUGAUUUAUUUUGGCUGAGAUUAUAUUUUAAACAUCUGUCUGUUCUCUACUUGUCUUCCAUAAAUUGUAUUUUGCUUAACAAACUCAAUUUUAUAGUUUAUAAUAUUUUUGUACUUGGCUUUAUGAAUAUUGAAAUAAUAGAAAGUUUAAAUUUCUUUCACUUAGGAACAUGAUUAAAGCUAUUUACGACGAUGGAGUGAAUUAUGUGGUUGGAAAAAAAUGGCUGACUAAGCAUUUAGUCUGAAUUUAGCGCUUUAUAUUUCCUGGCUUAAAAAAUGUGGUAGUGACAGAAACGUUUUCUGAACAUAUUUCUAACUCAUACUAUGUGUAGGAAAUGAUUGUUCGUUCAGUAAAAUGAUGUAUACAUCAGGCACAUACGAGUACUGAAGUAGCCCAGAGAACAUUAUAGAAAUAAAAUAGGUCGAAAACUCUCUUACAAUUACAGAAAUAAUUUUAAAAGACUGUCUACUGUCUAUUACUAUGUAAGCCGAAAACAAGAAAUGUAAAAAUAUUGUUAAUUAGAAACGGAAAUGUAAAAAGUUGGUCAAUUAGUAUCAUUGUUCAGACUUGGAAAACAUUACAUUCAACUGUAUCUAAUACAGUCCAUAAACACAGGGAAAGACUGUGAACAGCAGUUUGACUUAUCGUACAGUUUAAAUACUUCGCUACUAUUUGGACGCAAUUCACCUGAUUUAGAACCACAGUGUUUUAUUUCUAAAUUCGUGUUCCAAAUGGAUUUAACUCUUGCUAUAAAUCCCAAAUGUAGUUCAUAUUCGGAGUCACUGCAGUCGUAGACCUAAGAGACCAUGGAAAGU